AGCGGAACAGUUUCGAGCGAUCGUUCGCCGGUGCGUGAUCAGCUCGAGGCGCCAAGCUGUAUCUGUCCGACAAUUAUUAUCAUUUGUUUUCAUUUCCAGUUUCAUUCGAAAACAGAGAAACAAAAUCUGAAAAAAAAAAAAAAAAAACUCGUCGCAAGUGGGAUCAAAAAACGAAUCGUUGGGACCCCUAAAUUUUCAAUUUUCAAAUAAAAAAAAAGAAAAAUACGAAGAGAAAUCAAAAAACAUUUCGAUAUUUCUCAGCAAUUUUUGAGUAGUACCACCAAAAAUUUAAUCAACGGUUUGAGCUUUUUUCAAGCUUUUAUUUUGAGAUCGUUCACGGUUUUUUCAAAUUUAUACAGAAAAAAUGAAUUUGUGUCUGCAUACAUCAAUAAAAUGUCUGUGAGUGCCUUUUGGAAUUGGAUAUAAAUAAACAUUUGAUAAUUAAUUAAUUGAAUAAGAAAAAUCAACAUGAAGCAGCAACGGCAACACGAAAAGCAGCAGGUUGAAAAUCUGCAGGGGCUACGGUAGUGAACCGUGAAGCCAAUUUGCGCGGUCGUUUGAAUAAUUCCGGAGCAGGUGAUUUCUUGAUGUUGGGAGGGAGUGCGAAAAGUUUAUUAGCGUAGCGGCUCUUGAGCGAUGGGAGCUGGAAUGGGAAGAAGUGGUACAAGCGGGGGUGGACUUCUGGAGGCACUGCCGACCGGAACACCUCUUCACGUCGCGAUGUUGGGACUGGACAGUGCCGGGAAAACUACCGCCCUUUAUCGGCUGAAGUUUGACCAAUAUUUGAACACGGUCCCGACCAUCGGAUUCAACUGCGAACGCAUAAGGGGAGGCAGCGGGAAGGCCAAAGGGGUGAAUUUCCUCGUUUGGGACGUCGGCGGUCAGGAGAAGCUCAGACCUCUGUGGAAAUCGUACACGAGGUGUACGGACGGCAUAAUAUUCGUCGUAGAUUCUUGCGACGCCGAAAGACUCGAGGAAGCUAAAAUGGAGUUGACGCGAACGGCGAGGAGUCCCGAUAACGCGGGAGUCCCCAUCCUGAUUCUGGCGAACAAGCAGGACCUGCCCGGCGCGAAGGAGGUCGGUGAGUUGGAGAAGCAAUUGGGAGUUUUGGAGCUCUCCGGAAUGCCGGGAAGUUCUUGUAUCCGAGUUCAACCGGCGUGCGCGAUAACGGGAGAGGGUCUUCACGAGGGUUUGGACACGUUAUAUCAGCUGAUACUAAAACGAAGGAAACUCGCCAAGUUAAAUCGUAAAAGGGCUAGGUAGGCCCGGGUCUCAGAGGACUGCACAUGCGUCUUCUGAUAUUGUUCCCAGCAGUCCCCGUCUCCUUUACAGGCGUCGACACCCUCCCCGUCGUCGUUAUCGCCGUCGUUCUUGAAAAAGGAAAUUUCACACGACGAAGGGAUAAGAGAGGACCAGCCUUCCGGGUCAGGAAAUUACGGUGUCAUUACCAGAGUCAUGAAGACCAGUGACAUCGAAUUUGAAAUGGAAAUGCUCUGUUCGCCGGUCAGGAGAAGCGAUUCGAGAAGCAACAAAAUCGGGUCAUCCUGGCGGAGUUCCUUAAACAAUUAUAAUUAACGCUGCUAACUAGAGAGAGGAGGAGGAAAAAAAUUGAGGAAAACGAGACGCUUUCUACCACAUCCGACAAAUAAAAAAAAAUAAAUACAUGUAAUAAAUGGAUUAUCAUCGGAGAAAAAAGGUGAUGUACUGAUUUCAGUGUUCGAGAGAUUUAUAAAUAAAUAUCAAGUGAGAGAAAGUGACGAGAAGUGACGAUCGGUGGUAAUUAUUAUUUUUCUUUCUUCUGCGGUAUCGUACGAAUGAUUUUUCUUAGGAGUGUAAUUUUUCCCUACCGGAAGUUGAUGUUUUCUAUGGGUAUCGUUUUCCUAGAUGUAAUUCGAUACUCUGCAGUACGAAGUGUGUAAUACAUAAAUAUGUAUAAGCAGAUGUGGGAACCGCUGCGGGUAUCUCACGUUACAAACACAUCGCUUAAUAAACGCCCCAAGUUGAAAAAAAGACUGCUGCUGGACCGAGAAGCUGUGCUCUUCAGAAUCUCAGAUUUCUUCCCCACCAUAUUGUAUAUCGCCUAGAACAAAAAUCGUUUACGCGACGCAUGAACGAGUGAAUAUCGUUCAAGUUCGACGAAAACCGAAAAACUAUAUCGAGAAAAUAAAUAAAUAAAUAAAUAAAUAAAUAAAUAAAAAAUGUGUCAGUGCGGAUUGAAAGUGGGCAUACGGCGUGCAGUAUUCGUCGAUGAUGUGUAACGAGACGUUGCAUAUAAAUAAUAAUGACGAUUGUUAUUAUCAUUAUUAUUUUAUUCUUAAAAACUAACGAUCUAUAGGUUUUCCGACAUCAAGUGCAAUAUUAUAUCGUAUAAAUGAUUUUGAAUUUGAGAAUGAUAGAUACGCUGAAUUGAGGAAAGAAUAAUAAAAAUAAUAACAAUAACACUAAAAUGUACCAUGAGUGGCGAUGCUAGUCGAUUAUUGAAUAUAUAUACCUAAUAUAAUGACGAUGAUAGUAAUUUUCAUUAACAAAUAAAUUUAUAUAAGUACGCAAAUGAACAUAAAACGAAAUUGAUCAAAUAGAUUUUACAUUAUACCACGAAUUGAAAUACUGAUACAAGUACCAAUAACGAUAAUAGAAAUCGGUUGACAUUAAGAAUUUGAAUUGUACAUAGAAAAAAAGUCUAAAAAAAAAAUAUUAAAUAACUAAUGAAAAAAAUAACGAUUCCUGGCACUCAAGAUCAAUGAUGAUCCGAUUGAUGAAUAAUUACGAAUUUUAGAAUACAAACAUAAUUAUAACAAGUACGGAUAUAAAUUGUUAGGUAACUAAUAUGAAUACGUGAUUGUUGUUUUUUAUAUCAGAAAAAAAAAAAAAUUGAAAAACAUUUAUUGCUCCAAAUUCUAAUACAUAUAUUAUCAUGAAAGAAAAAAGAAACAAAUAUCCUGUAUCAUACAUAUACAUAGUUUAACCCUGUUGUGUUUAUAUAAUUAUCAUUCGAUAUUCUAUCUAUAUAUAUAACAAAUUAUAUACACGUAUGGCGCUUCGAUUUAUCGAUAGAUGAGCUAUUUAUACACGGAAGACAAGAAGAAUUAAAACAAAAUUUAAAACAAAAACUCAAAAAAGUACCAAUUGAAAAGAAAAUAUCGGCACACGUAUAUGUACAUACCUAUAUUAUCAUUAUCAUCAUUAUUAUGUAUCACACCUAAUACAUAAUGAUUAUAAGUAUGAUAAUGUACCUCGUGUCCCAGCAUUUAUACCGCAGUAUUUCUGGUUGCCUGCCAUCAAACGCCAGGCCUGCUCUGUGGGUAAGUCAAACUGAAGUCAGUGAAUGAACGUGGCGCUAUAGGAAGGGUGGUGCCUACCGGCAGGCAACGAGACAUACUGCGGUAUAAAUGCUGGAUAACGUGGUAUAAAAUCGCGUACGUUUUCCGCGCACGUAAAUACGAGACAUGCCUGUAUAAUUAUAAAAUAUACAUAUACUGAAAUAAAAAUGAAAUUGGGCUUUAUGAUACCUAUGUUAAAUAUGAAUUGUAUAGCCUGAUGUUAAUAUAACGAAUGAAUUUAACGCGUCGCAUAGUAUAAAUAUAUAGAUGUAUUAUGUACCUCCUGAAAUUUUCAUACAGUAUAUUAUAUGUAUAAAAAAUGCAUGUAGCGAAAAAACGAGGAAACAAAGUUUCGUGAUCAUUUCAUUUCAUUUUUUUGUUGGUUUUGUUUGUCUGUUUUUUUGUUCUUCCUAAUAAUUUCUCUCACGUAUGUGUCGUAAUAGUAAUCAUGUUUAGCAAUCAACAACGAUAAUAGGUAUUGUGUAAAAUUUAGAUUCAUUAUAAAUCAUCUUAUAAUAGGACAAACUGAAUAACAUUUAGAUUUUUCAAUUAUAUAACGAACAAUAGCAUAUAUUAUACAUCAUGUAAUCGGUAAUAUAUAUAAAAAAUUUAUAGAAAUUGUUUUUUUUUUAUAAAAUCACUCAUAUAUAUAUAUAGAGAAAUAUUGUAACAAAAAGAAAAACAGUCAUUCACCACAUUAUGCAUCUUCGUUUCACGUAUACAUGUACCUAUGAGUAUAUUUGGAAAAAAAGGAAAAUGAAAAAACAUACCAUAUAUUUAUAUUCAUCUAUUUGUAUAACGUCGCAUGGUAAUACAUACAUUAUACAUAUAUAGGUAUACAUAUACCGUACCAGAAAAAAUUUGCAAAAAAAAACGAAACGGAAAACAUCGUUAUAUAUAUACAUACAUUACAUAUAGCUGUCAUCGUAUAAAUGAUAUUAAUAUAUUGGAUAUUAAAAAUCAUUGUUACGUUCUAA